AUGGGAACCACCUUGGAGUUUUCCCUUCCUCCGAUCUCGGCGCUCGCCUUCGUCCCCUUCAUUUACCUCCAAGCCGUACUCCUCCAACCUUCCAUCCCAAACCGUAUCUCACGCAUCUUACGGAUUCUCCUAUGCAUCCCCGCCAUCUACCUCGCCGCUGUCGGUCCGUUCAGACAUCGGAUCGAACCGGUGAGGUAUGCGAUUGGCGCCAACUUUCGCGCGAGCAUUUUUCAUCCCGCCUUCAUCCUCAAGGCGUUGGAGUGAGUCAGUCGCGUUUCCCCCCCUUUGAUAUCGUAUGGAUGCUGAUAGUCUGCGCAUCCGCGACGCAUCAGAUGGGGCUUUGCUCGGGAUCGCUCGACAUUCGCCUGGGUCGGCUUUGAGAACGAGGAGGACUCGGCCUCGGGCCCCGACGCGUCGGACUCGCACCCCGAGGAUGAGAAGGCCCCACCGAAACGCAGGCAGAUACAGAACGGAGCCAAGUCGUCCGCCCUAGCUGGAUCCAAAUCGAUACCAACACUCAACAUUCGAGGGCAAAGAAAGUUGUCGGAGCAGCUUCCGACCCCUCCCGACUCGCCGACCAUUUCGGCAACAUCCGAUGUCGCCGAAGCGAGCCCCAUCGUCCCCCUCGACCUCGGCAUUUAUGGUCCCACCGCGGACUCCAAGUCAUCAUGGACUGGGGCUAAGACGCCAGUGAUCCAAGUCCUACGAGAUGCACUCCAUCUCUGCACGUCCAUGCGAGGCUAUGGCUACGCUUUUGCUCCCCCCAAGCGCUCAAUGGCGAGUCGACCGCCGACCCCACCACCGUCGGCCCACGGCCCCUUUGCCCGACGAGCCUUGUGGCGUCUGAUUCGCUCCCACAUCGUCUCAACGAUAUGCCAGAUCCUACUCAUCCACCGCGACGACGUGAUUCCCUACUGGCUCGGGACCUACCUCUCGAUCCCGAUCGCCCACGCCAAACCUAUAGCGCAUUUCUUGGCCUACCUCUCCGUCGGUUUCUCCCUCCACGCCCAAAUGCUCAUCGGCUUCGAAGGUUUCUCCCUCAUAUUCCUCGCACUGCAUUACCUACCCCGACCUUUCCAAGUCAAAUUCGAUUCAAGAGAAUGGGCGCCGUUGUUCGAUCGCCCGUUCGAAAUGAGUUCGGUCACCGAAUUCUGGGGUAAACAAUGGCAUGCGCUCUUUCGAAAACCGUUCACGAGCGUAGGGUACGAACCCGUCGUCGCGGUGGUCAAUACCGUCGCGGGGAAGAAGAUGGGUAAAAGUGUGGGAAGGACCCUGGGAGCGGUUUUGGUGUUUGGCCUUUCGGCUUGGAUGCACGAUUUCGGCCUUUGGUCGGCCAGGUACAGUUUGUCACCGUCUCCGAUUCGACAGUUGUCGUUCCUACAACGACACGGAGCGAAUUUGUUCUUCCUCCUUCAAGCGCUCUGCAUCAUCCUCGAACAGAUUUAUUCACGAACCACGAAGAGGAAAGUAGCAGGUCCGUGGGGUAGAGUUUGGAGUUUGUUCGUCAUCGUCGUUUUGGGAAGUCUUUUGGCGGGGAGGAGUUGGAUCGCUUUAGGUUUGGUCGACGGUUUACCGAGUUUGGACAGGUGGGGUUGGCAGAGGUGGCUGUUGCCGACGGUGUGUUUGGCGCCGCCACCUUUGUGGGUCAAGUGA